AUGGCCGUGAGCGCGGCGGCCGCCCCCGCCGCCGAGCCGCUGCCCCGCAGCAUCUUCAAGAAGUUCCUGGUGAUGCUCUGCUCCCUGCUCAUGUCCCUCUACGUCUUCUACUGCCUGGCCGACCGCUGCCAGACGUUGCCCGGACCCAUCAUCGCCGCCGGCGCCGCAUCCGAGGAGGACGAGGGUGGCGGCGGCGAGUUCCUGGGCGGCUCGGCCGAGCUGCCCCCCUGGCAGGCGGCGGCGGCGCGGCGCAAGCGGCUCCUGCAGCGGCUGAAGCAGCGGCGGCGGCGGCAGGAGGAGGCGCCGGCCGGGGGCGGCGGGAGCCGGGCCGGCGGCUCGGGCGGCGGGGGCGGCUCGGCGGGCACGGCCGGCACCCUGGCCCUGCUGCUGGGCGAGGGCAGCAAGCGGCUGCCGCAGGCCAUCAUCAUCGGCGUGAAGAAGGGGGGCACGCGGGCGCUGCUGGAGUUCCUGCGGGUGCACCCCGACGUGCGCGCCGUCGGCGCCGAGCCCCACUUCUUCGACCGCAACUACGAGCGGGGACUCGCCUGGUACAGGGAGCUGAUGCCCAAGACGCUGGAGGGACAGAUCACCAUGGAGAAGACCCCCAGCUACUUCGUCACUAAGGAGGCCCCAGCCCGCAUCUCCUCCAUGUCCAAGGGCACCAAGCUCAUCGUGGUGGUGCGAGACCCUGUGACCAGAGCCAUCUCGGACUACACCCAGACGCUCUCCAAGAAGCCUGACAUCCCCACCUUUGAGAGCCUGACCUUCAAAAACAGGACUACAGGUCUGAUCGACACCUCCUGGAGCGCCAUCCAGAUUGGCAUCUACGCCAAGCACCUGGAGAACUGGCUCCUCUACUUCCCUAUCGGGCAGAUCCUCUUUGUCAGUGGGGAGAGGCUCAUCAGUGAUCCUGCAGGGGAGCUAGGCAGGGUCCAGGACUUUCUGGGCCUCAAGAGGAUCAUCACUGACAAACACUUCUAUUUUAACAAAACCAAGGGCUUCCCAUGCCUGAAGAAGGCUGAGGGCAGCAGCAAACCCCACUGCCUGGGGAAGACAAAAGGCAGGACCCACCCUGACAUCGACCAGGAGGUGGUGCAGAGGCUGCGGGACUUCUACCGGCCCUUCAACAUGAAGUUCUACCAGAUGACAGGCCAGGACUUUGGCUGGGACUGAGGCUGAAAGAAAUAAUUUAAGAAAAGGAAAAUAUAAUAUAAUAUAUAUAUUUUUUUUACGUAUCAGUAGAGAGGGGGAAAAUACAGAAAAAAAUAAUAGCUGUGCUGAAACAUGAUUUGCUCUGAUUUGUUUUUUUUCUUUUUUCACACUGCUUUGUUUCCUUUCUUCUCUCAGAGAAGAGGUGCUGUGCACAUCCAGGAAAGGGGGCUGGGAGCAGCAGCCUGGUCCUAUUGAUACGAGCAGCUUCCCUCAAUGGGCCCAAGGUUGAGCACUGCCUCUGUAAAAAAACACAGGUGCAAAGUUUUUCAAGUGGCAGGGGUGCUUGGGGUAGCUCAGAGUCUUCCUGAAAGUUAGCCAGGUUUUGGCUUGCAAGUGCCAUUUUGGCCAGAUCUCACCACUUUUGACAAUAAAACAAAGGUGGCUUAGUACCUAAUUUGGCUUGUCAAAUGUUACCUUAGGGGAUUUUUUUAUUGCAUGAAACAUUUGGUGAAUUUUGCUUCCACUUAUCCAAUUUUUUGUUUAACUUUUACCCCCCUUAAAUCAAGCUCUUUUCAUCAGCCAAACUUAUUUUUCCUCUUAAGGCAGCCAAAACCAAUAAUCCUUUGUUUUGUUUUGAGACAAAACAAUUUCGGUAGCCAAAAGUGAAAGAACACAAAUGAUUCUUUUGACUCUAUAAUGAAAAUUGCCAGGUAGUCAAAAGGCCUCAUUCACAGGAGCUGGCUCGAAACCAGAGUUCCCUCUUGCAUCCCUUUUGCUACUCUGACACCAAAAUGGUUUUCUAAGGGUUUUUUUCUCAGGUGGCCCAUCUGAAGGGAUUUUGGGGGUUGGAAGGGAAGUCCACACUGAGGUGAUGCUUGUGGCACACCCUGAAGGUGUUGGGGGAUCCACCAUCCCUGCAGGAAUGUGCAGGAAACUUCUCAGUGUCCAGUGGGCAUGGUUUGAGCCUUAAUGAUGGAUGGUUCAAGUUGGGUCAAUCUUAAAUGGACUGGAGGGAGGGUUGGUUGUGAAAAAGUGAGCAAUGAUCAUGUCCAGAAAGAGGAAUGAGAAAACAAUAGUUCUUUCCUGAAGGUGAACUGAGGGGGAAGCUGGAAGGUUGUGAAGAGCUUUAAAAACUGUCAGGCAAAACAAAUCUCCUUUACCACGUUUUUUAGCUGGUGGAAAUGUUUCAGUGACAGAAGUUUGUUAAUGAAGCAGAGUCUUUUAUUACCAUGGGCUCAUUUAUCUGCUGGCUGUUGAUCUUCAGCAUUUCUGAGCCAUGGGAGUACCCAGGUAUUCCUGCUGCUGCAUAAACAGUGUGGUAGGGCUCCCUCUCCUGAGCACAACUUUGAAGAGUACCUGAGGGGUCAAACAGCCCAAGCGAGCAUCCCCAGCAGUGUGGUGAGGAAGAAGCCUGGGGAUGGUCACUGGCUGUCUGCAAAGGAUCUGAAUAAAAUCCCAGCAGAGCAGAGAUUGCAGAGCCCAAAGAGAAUUGUAUCAGAAGUUACAAUUUCACCUGAGAGGGAGGCAUUUCCACCUUGGGAGGUUAGGAAAGGAGUUUGGUGACCCCCUGAGGCUCAUGGCACUGAGUUCCUCUGCUGGUGGUGAGCCACACCUUCUCCUGGUGCCCUAAACCUUUCCACUCAACCCUCCACACCUCCUUGUCCCCAAAGACGCUGACUCCUGGAACCUUCCUAUCCCCUGAAAACACAAACCCUCGGGGUUUUGCAUGCCAGGCCCAUUUCCCAAGGGAAUGAAAAUAGCUUUGUUCAACUCAUGAUUCCCCAGGAGCUUCUCCCACAAUUCUCACUGCAAAGCUCUGCCUGAGCCCAGCUUUCCAUGCCCCAGCUGGGAAGUGCUGAUGGGUUGGUGGCACCAAAGGCAGCCUGAGCUCAGCACUCUGUCCUGGUGUGGCACCAGUGCCAUGUUCACUGCUCCACUGAUGCUCUCACCCCUUCCCCCAUUUAUGUCCCAUUGUAAGGCCUUUUUUGGCAAUGUCCCAUGCCAGAUCUGCACAAACACUUUACAGCAGAAAGGAGGCACCACACAGACCCCCAGCAGUCCCUUCUCCUGCCUCACCUCAGCCCCUCAAUAUUCAUGCAAGACAGGACUUGAGAAGAUCAGAGAUGGGCACAGAGACCAUGGUCCCUCCCAGCCCCUGCAGUUCACAUCAGGAGCUGGGAGAAUGAAUGCUGGGCUCUCUGGUCUCUUCAGUGUGUCACAGGAGCAAUCUUUUUGGGGCAGGAAUGGGGGAUGGACACUCUUCCAUGGCAUCAGUCACUCACAGGCACAACCAAACAGCAAAGCAAAGCACCCACAGGCGUAACCAGCACCAACAGGGCACAAAAUCUGAGGUCUUCCCAGCUGAAGAGGAGAUUUAAGCGUGCCAUUUCUUUGGUACUUCAAGGAGAGUUAAGGUUGGGAUAAUACAGACAUGCCUUUGACAAAUCCUUGUGGUUUAAGCCCUGCUGGGAUCUCAGCCCCACUCACUCACUCCCCAGGUAGGACUGGGGAGAAAACUGGAAGAGUAAAUCUAAGGAAACCUGUAAGUAAAGCAAAAGCUACACAUACAAGCAGAGCAAACCAAGUAAUUAAUUCCAGACUUCCCAUGAGUGUUCAGAUGCUCAUCCCCAGGAUGAGCUCAUCCCUCACAUUUGGAAUGGUGACUUGAGAGGAUAAACACCAUCACUCCAAAAAUUUCCUGCUUCCUUCUUUCCCCGCUUUUACAUGUUGAUCAUGAUGCUGUAUGCUCUGGAAUAUCCCUUGCAGUAGUCAGGGUCCUGGCUGUGUCCCCUCCCAGCUCCUUGUGCAUCCCCAGCCUCCUCACUGGAGGAGCAGGAAAAGCCUUGGUGCUGUGUCAGAACUGCUCAGCCACAAUGAAAACAUCCCUGGGUUAUCAACACUGUUCCCAGCACAAAUCCAAACCACAGUCCUAUGAACAAAAUAAACUCUACCCCAGCCAAAACCAGCAGACAGGUAUAAAUACCCCUCAUGAGUAUGAUGUUUUAAAAAACCAAUAUAGUUAUAUUGCCAUUUUCUCCCAUACAAUCACAUUUAGACUACUAUAAAGCAGCUUUAUAGGGCCACAGGCUGGUCUCCCCAUUUGGACAAGCACAGCAAUACCAAGCAUUUCUUAGAGCUGAGUGUCUGCACCUGCCACCAAAUGCCUGCCAUUAAAUCAGCAGAGCCUUGAUGUGUACACAGCCCAUCUCAUGUGCCUUUAAAAACUCUUCCCAGCACAUCAAGCUCAGCCACUUAGGAAUACUUUCCCCUAAAAACUUCAGUGUUUUAUUCCCCCUCAUUUCCAAGGGUUUGAAUACCUUGUUGCACACCUUGUAAAGCUAUUUAGGGAUCUGAGGCUGUGAUUGAUUGGUUUUGAUCUGGGCCAUAAGUAGUUUUGAAAAUCCCUCCACAUGUGAACAAUGGCUUUUAAAAAGAGGUCAUGCAACCAAAUUGCUUUGAACUCUAAUAGCAUUUAAGCCUCUAAACUCUUCAGGCUUAUUUGAAAAUCCAGUCAUGAAGUUUAGAUUAUUUUAACCUAAGAAGAACUGGAGGUAAACUAUUGAAAACCGCAUCUCUCCUGGGCCUGCAGUGCUGAGCACGUGUACUGGAGGGAAAUCAGAAGUAGCUAUAAAUAAAAAAGUGACCUGUAUAGAAUUUUUCUUUAAAAAAAAAAAAAAGGCAGAAAAAUCAAAACAUUAACCAUGAGAAAAUAAUUAGCUAAUUAAAAUGCUUCUGGUCUCAAUGAUCAAAUCUGCCAUUAGGCACUGAUGAAGCUUAGGCUUAUAUGCAAUGCAACAUUUGGGUUUUAGAACAAAUCCAAAUUUUGGAUCUGUUUUAAGAACAAAGAAACCAACCCACACCAACUUUUACAAGGCAUCCUAUCAGCAUCAAGCACCAGAUUGAUCACAGGGAGGUUCUGCACAAUGAGGGUGGUGAGGCCUGGGUUGCCCAGAGUGGGUGGAUUCCCCAUCCCUAGGAGUGUCCAAGGGCAGAUUGGACUUGCAGCAACCUGGGAUGGUGGAAGGGAAUGGAGUGGGAUGAGUUUUAGGGUCCCUUCCAACCCAAACCACUCCCUGGUUCCAUGAUCUUGGAGGAGACAGACACUCCCACAAAUGGCACCACAGUGUGGGCUCAGGUGUGCCGAGCACAAGGAUUGCCCCAAAGUCCUCAAACAUUAUUUUUCCCACUGCUGCUGCCAUGCUUUGGCACAGGCUCGUGGAGCCCAGUUCAGAAAGGUCACUGAAAGUGAGAGCUCCCUUUAACCCAGAGCAGCAGCAGCCUUCACCAAACCUGCGUGUGGGGAAGCUCUCUGCUGUCUGUCUCAGCUGAGAAACUCAGGGACAUGGGGAUUUCUUCAGCAGUGCAGUUAGGCAAGGCAGUACCAGCUCUGUCUGCUGUGAAAUCCAUCACUGCCAUUCCUGGAAGGGCAAGGAUGGGGCUGCUGUGCCCAUGGUACCCUUGGUGCUGAUUUUGUGCCACAGGGAAUUUGAUCAGCUCCCGUGGGAAUGCUGGCACUGAUCUACACAGUUAAAAGGAGUUCAUGGAGAUCAGUGUGAGACUCCUCUGCCUGAUGUCAGGGUCGCCUUUGGGUGCAGCACUAAGUCAAAUUUCCAGCAAUAAUUUGGCCUUUCCUACCCUGGUUUUGACUUGCACUGAUUCUCAGUUCUCCCACAUACACACUUCACACACAGCAGUGAGUCUCCCGAUGAAGGGGGAAAAUUGCCCAUUUUCCUCACCAUUAAAAAAUGCCUUGAUUGUGUACAACAGUUUCUGGGUUUUCUCUCCUCCCUCCCCUUCACUUGGUGAUACUGUCAUCCUUCUCCCUUUGGUGCUAUUUCAGUAUGAAAAAAAACUGAUUUUAAUUUAAUUUAAGAGUGAAAAAGCACACAUUUAAUA